AUGAACUCAACCUUGGUUUUCUUUGUUGUCGUCUCCGGACUUCUCAUCGCUGCUAACGGUCAUCUCGCUGAAUUUGAGCAGCUCGGCUACGGUAGCUCUGGCUUCAAGCCACAAUUCGAGGUGUCGCCGAUCCAGGCGCGCACCGGAGUGAACUUUGAGACCUAUCGCAACAUGCAGAAGGACUCGUUCAACACACCGCUGUUCGCUCAGGCACUUCGCGGUAAUCAAGUUCUCGAGAAAAGACCACAAUCGCCAUGGCCACUCCGCAACUGCUACUUGUCACCGGUGCAGUGCCUCCUGCCAGUGCAACAGCAUCAAUUCAACAAGUUCCACAAGAGAUUCAUGCUAUAA